CCUGUGAGCGCAAGGGCUGACAGGGGUGGUAAUCUUGUUCCACGACCGUAUCCUGAGACUGUAGAGAAGACAACAAUUCCCAGGAUGCCUCUCCGCCCCGCCCCGCUCCCCCUCCUCCAGCUAGAGCGCGUGUACCACAGAGAAGACGAGGCAACAUGGCUCCCGGAGGUGGAAGUAAGAGGUUUCGCCCCUUUUGAAGCGGUGAAGAGCAGCCGGAGAGGGGAAAAAAAGAGAAGUGACUAGAGCCCAUCAUUGUUUUUAACCUCCCAACCUCUCCAGAGUGCGGUCGGCCUCACCCCUCCUCCCCACCCAAAUCCAAUCUAUGGUUUCCUCCCCACCCAGGCCUCAUUCCCUCGCUCGCUCACCCCUCCCCUCGGGAAUCGUUUUCCCGCCCCCUCGCCCCCCGCGGAGUGCGCACGCGCCCGCCCCCAGCUUCGCGCCCAGAUCGCCGCCUAGCCUGCUGGCGCAGCCGCCGUCUCGUCUGCCCGCCGACGAAGCAUGGGCGUCCAGGGCUUCCAAGAGUUCCUUGAGAAGCGCUGUCCCGGGGCCGUGGUGCCCGUGGACCUCCUCAAACUCGCGCGCACGGUCUCACGCCAGCAGCAGCAGCAUCAGCAUCGCCAGCUGCCACCUAUGGCAGCCCUAGCGCCCGGGGCUCCACGCGCCGCCAGGGGCUCCGCGCCUCUGCAACCGCCACUCCCGCCCGCUGCCUUGGGUGCCUACUCCGGGGGCGCGGGGCCGACUCGGCACCAUCACCCCGCUCACCACUUCCACCACCACGGGCCGGCGCACUCCGGGCUGCACCCGCCGCCGCUGCCGCCGCCCCCUCCGCUGCCCGGGGCCCGGGUGCUGGUGGACGCGGGCUCGGCGCUGCCGCGGCUUUAUGGCGGCUACCAGACGGAUUGGGUGUGUGGCGGCCAAUGGAACGCCAUGCUGGGCUACUUGUCAGCGCUGUGCCAGGCUUGUGCCUAUCCCGGCGGCGACGGCCUGGAGCUGGUGGUCAUGUUCCCCGGGGGCCUGGGCAAGGACCGGCUGGCCGAGUGGGGCCGUCGGUGCCAGGCCGAGCGGCAGACAGCGCAACUGAUCGUGGGACACGUGGGCAACAAGGGCACCCCUCCUCCACGGGCCUGGUUCCUGCCACCGGCCUGCCUGAGCCACUGCGUGAGGCUAGCACUCAUCCGCUUCCGGGUCAAGGUCUUUCAGAGCCUUGAAGACCACCAUUUGGAAGUGGUGGCUUUUUUCAGGGAAAAUGGCUUCCAUGGCCUUCUUGCCCAUGACUCCGAGUAUGCUCUCUACAAUAUUCCCUCUUACUACAGUUCCCAUGCUCUGAAGCUGAGCUGGAAUGGGAAGAACCUCACUACCAACCAGUUCCUGAUGCAGGAGGUAGCCAAGCAGCUGGGCCUGAAGCGGAUGAAUUUUCCCAUAUUUGCUGCGCUGCUAGGUAACCACAUUCUCCCAGAUGAGGACCUGGCCGCUUUUCACUGGAGCCUCUUGGGACCAGAACAUCCCCUUGCAUCACUUAAGGUCCGAGCUCAUCAGCUGGUUCUUCCUCCCUGUGAUGUGGUGAUCAAGGCUGUUUCCGAGUAUGUUAGUUCUAUCAAAGACCCUUCAAACCUGGAUGUGGUUGGGAAAGAUGUUUUCAAACAGUCUCAGUCCAGGACAGAAGAUAAAAUAGAGAGAUUCAAGAAAGCAGUUGAAUACUAUUCAGUCACAACCAAACUCUCUUCGCUGCCAGUAGUGGGUCCCUCUUCCUUUCUAGGUUUUCGGAAUAAUCGGCUUGGAAAUCCUCCCCUUCCACGAAAUCAGAUGGGCACUAUCUCUGCUGGAAAGCCUAUGUUUUCUCACCACGUGCCCCAGAAAAUGAAAUAUCCACCACCAUUCCCAGUGGGACCCAACUCCUCUCUUCUCUUCUCCUCCCAUGCUUUGGGGGAAUCCCAUGCUUUUUCUGAGGAUCCCAUGCUGCAGGACAGCCCCUUUGCCAAUUGGGCUGUCUCUUAUGACUCCUCUGCAUCCCAAUUUCCCAAUUACCUGACUUCCAAAGCCUCACCUCCUUUGGGACCAGACUCUUCCCACUCCUCUUCCUCUGAUGGUGAUGAACCAAAUGGAGCCAGCUCUGAUCACAUCACAGAAACACUUCAGCAGCAGCCUGGAUGGGAGGAUCCAAAUGGUGACAGAGGGUCCUGGGUACAGCCCAUUGAUGCUGGAGUUUCAGAUGCCAGCCUGGGUGAUGGUGAGCCCCACAUCCCAUCUCUGCUAUCUAUGUCUACGAGGAACCACAUGGACAUCACCAUUCCACCCUUACCUCCAGUAGCUCCAGAAGUCUUGCGGGUUGCCGAACAUAGACACCGAAGGGGUCUUAUGUACCCGUAUAUCUACCACAUCCUCACUAAGGGUGAGAUUAAGAUCCCUGUAUGUAUUGAGGAUGAGUGUAACAUGGAGCUGCCUCCAGCUGCUCUCCUGUUCCGGUCAGCUCGUCAAUAUGUAUACGGGGUCCUUUUCAGUCUGGCAGAGACACAGCGGAAAAUGGAACGCCUGGCCAUACGACGGCGGCUGCCUGUGGAAGUUCCUUCAGUGAUCCUUAAAGAGUGGUCUGCCUAUAAAGGGAAGUCUCCUCAAACCCCUGAGCUGGUGUCUGCACUGACAUUUCGGGAAUGGACUUGCCCAAACCUCAAGAAGCUCUGGCUAGGCAAAGCAAUUGAGGACAAGAACAGAAGGAUGAGGGCCUUCCUGGCCUGCAUGAAGUCAGACACACCCAGUAUGCUCAAUCCAGCUAAUGUCCCCACCCAUCUGCUACUCAUGUGCUGUGUACUCCGGUACAUGGUUCAAUGGCCUGGUGGCCGAAUCCUGCAUCGCCAUGAGUUAGACACCUUCCUUGCACAGGCAGUGUCUACCCAGCUUUAUGAACCAGAUCAACUUCAAGAACUCAAGAUUGAGAAACUGGAUGCCCGAGGUAUCCAGCUUGCUGCCCUCUUCAUGAGUGGAGUUGACACAGCUCUGUUUGCUAAUGAUGCCUGUGGCCAGCCAGUCCCUUGGGAGCACUGCUGCCCCUGGAUUUACUUUGAUGGCAAGCUGUUCCAGAGCAAGCUAAUUAAAGCAGGCCGAGAGCGAGUAUCCCUGGUUGAGCUGUGUGAUGGCCAGGCUGACCUGGCAACCAAAGUGGAAAAGAUGAGACAGAGUAUCCUUGAAGGAGUCAACAUGAACCAUCCACCGCCUUCUGCUCUACUUCCGUCACCUACUUUUGUGCCUCCCAUGGUGCCCUCUCUCUACCCUGUUUCACUUUAUUCCCGAGCCAUGGGCUCAAUGCCACCUCCUCUUCAAGGAAGGAGCCGAGGGUUUGCAGGUCUCCAUCCAAUCCCACCCCAAGGAGGAAAACUGGAGAUUGCCGGAAUGGUUGUGGGCCAGUGGGCUGGCAACAGAUCCUCCAGGGGCCGAGGCUCCUUUGGCAUGCAAGUGGUUUCUGUCGGUGGGCCAGGAAAGGGGCAUGGAAAAGAACAGACUGGUAGAGGAUCCAAAGGACAUAAAAAAGGAAAUAAACAAAGCACUUCAGAUGGAGUUUCUAAAUCCUUGGAGCCUCAUCAAGGUCAGUCUCGCUCACAGGUAAAUGGAAACAAUGGCACAUUGAUCAAGGAAGAGAAGAGUGAUCAUCAUCUUCCAGCUCCAUCACAGUGUGCCUUAUCCAGAGACAGCAGCGUGUGUAAUAAUGGUAACCGCCACUUCCCUGUGAAGAAGGGGGAAAAGAGCCGCUUACGAGAGCAAAAGCUGGAAACUGUGGCACAACAGAAAGAAUAAUAAUGAGCAGAAGAUGGCUUCACCAGAUCAGGAAGAGGGGAAAACCUAUACUUUUCUGAUUUUAGGCCCAAGUUAGAGGAGGACAUAAAUGCUUACCCUAGAUUUAUCCAGGAUUUUGUCCUAUUGUAUCCAUCUUUUCCCCUUCCCUGUCUUUUUCUAGGCCUCCAGACUUAGUGGUCUGCUUCUGGGAAAGCUCUGGUCAAAAAGACGAAUGGCAACAGGACUAGCUCCUAUUCUCAAAUUGAAUAGAUAGCGCCAAAUGCUCUUUACCUCUCCUGGGAGCCUAGUAAGGCAGUGACUGUCAGCAAUCAGGUGUCAUCACAUAAGGCCCUAUAGAAAAGUUCCAGCUUUGUUUUUCUGAGUCUUCAUCAUAAUACUUAUUUACAAAACUCAUGGGGUUCUGGGGACAGCUGUUUGUGGCUUCCUACCUUGCUUUUUUCUCUCUGAAGUAGUGGGGCCUUGGUAUAUAACCAGUGUCCACCUCCUUCUCUUCCUUUCUCCCCACUCACCUACCCCUGAAUUUUAUACCACCACCUCUAGCUCUGGCCUGACAAUUGGAUAAGUAGAUGUUUUCAGGGAAGUAAGGUAGUAUUGGUUAUUUUAUUUUAUUUUUUUAUUUUUUUAUACACUUAAAAAAAAAAAAAACUACCAAUGGCCUUUGUACUGGGGGAUUCAAGUGAGUCGGAAAAGUGGGCAGAUUUUUCCUGCCUCUGAACUCAUGUAUCGUUUGUAAAAUAGAAGAUGUGGUGCAGUUCACCCACUCCCUGCUGCCCAUACCCUGAAAGAGGGGGACUCAAUGUAAUGAAAUUGAGUAUGAAAGGGAACUCAAAAGACUGUGUGUAUAUGUGUGUGUAUAUGUGUGUUUGUGUAUCGGUGUGUGGGUGGAUGUAUAUAUGAAUAUGUGUGUCUAUAUGCAUACACAUACCCUUUAUAUAAAGAGAUCUAUUU